AGCAGACUCCAUUCUGACCUCUUCUAAAGCAUCCCAAGCUAGCUCGAAGUAUCACUCACCUGCCUAGCUAGUUACCAACGAGCUGCCUGCAACCAAAUCAACGACCAAUGGCGACCACCGUCGAUUACAACCGUCAGGCGUCCACGCACCCAUGGCCAAGCAAUGCGCAGCCCAACAACAAGCUCACCUUCGACCUCUUCUCCUCCAACUCCGGCGGCAACCACCGCGAGUACUCCGACUCCGACGACGAAGACAACAUCCCCCCGGACUGGCGAUCCCUCUACCGCCCACGCCUCGAGGUGGACCCGCCCGUCAGAGACCCGCGAGAUGAGGCGACCUCUGACGCGUGGGUCCGGCGCCACCCGGCCUUAGUCCGGCUCACCGGCAAGCACCCGUUCAACUCAGAGCCGCCUCUCCCCAGGCUCAUGUCCCACGGCUUCAUCACCCCGGCGCCGCUCCACUACGUGCGCAACCACGGCGCCGUGCCCAAGGCCGACUGGGCCACAUGGACGGUCGAGAUCACGGGGCUCGUCAAGCGGCCCAUGAAGCUCACCAUGGAGCAGCUGGCGACGGAGUUCGAGGCCGUGGAGUUCCCCGUGACGCUGGUGUGCGCGGGGAACCGGCGCAAGGAGCAGAACAUGGUGCGCCAGUCCGUGGGCUUCAACUGGGGGCCCGGCGCCGUGUCGACCUCCGUGUGGCGCGGGGCCAGGCUCCGCGACGUGCUCCGCCGGUGCGGCGUCAUGGGCCGCUCGGGGGACUCGGGGGCCCAUAACGUGUGCUUUGAAGGUGCCGAGGAUCUCCCCGGAGGCGGCGGGUGCAAGUACGGCACGAGCCUCCGUAGGGCCGUGGCCAUGGACCCGGCCCGGGAUGUCAUCCUUGCCUACAUGCAGAACGGCGAGCCGCUGGCCCCCGACCAUGGGUUCCCCGUGCGGGUCAUCGUGCCGGGGUUCAUCGGGGGGAGAAUGGUCAAGUGGCUCAAGCGCAUCGUUGUGGCCUGUAACGAGUCUGAGAGCUACUACCAUUAUCGGGACAACCGCGUGCUCCCGUCCCACGUCGACGCCGAGCUCGCCAAUGCCGAAGCUUGGUGGUACAAGCCGGAGUGCAUGAUCAACGAGCUCAACAUCAACUCGGUGAUCGCCACGCCGGGGCACGACGAGGUGCUGCCCAUCAACGCGCUCACGACGCAGAAGCCGUAUACGAUGAAGGGAUACGCCUACUCCGGUGGUGGACGGAAGGUAACACGGGUGGAGGUGACCCUGGACGGCGGCGAGACGUGGCAGGUGUGCGCGCUGGAGCACCCGGAGCGGCCAACAAAAUACGGCAAGUACUGGUGCUGGUGUUUCUGGUCAGUAGAAGUGGAGGUGCUGGAACUUCUAGGAGCCAAGGAGAUGGCCGUCCGGGCCUGGGACGAGGCCAUGAACACCCAACCCGAGAAGCUCAUCUGGAACCUGAUGGGCAUGAUGAACAACUGCUGGUUCCGGGUCAAGAUCAACGUGUGCCGCCCGCACAAGGGCGAGAUCGGGCUGGUGUUCGAGCACCCGACGCAGCCCGGCAACCAGCCGGGCGGCUGGAUGGCGCGGCAGAAGCACAUGGACACUUCCACCUCCGAGACCUCCCAGGGCACUCUCAAGCGGAGCACUUCCACGCCAUUCAUGGCCGUGGCAGCCGCAAACUCGCGGUACUACGCCAUGUCCGAGGUGCGCCGGCACGCGUCCAGGGAGUCGGCGUGGAUCGUGGUGCACGGGCACGUGUACGACUGCACGGGGUUCCUCAAGGACCACCCCGGCGGCGCCGACAGCAUCCUCAUCAACGCCGGCACCGACUGCACCGAGGAGUUCGACGCCAUCCACUCCGCCAAGGCCCGGGGCCUCCUCGAGAUGUACCGCGUCGGCGAGCUCAUCGCCACGGGUGCCGAUUACAGCUCGCCCCAGAGCAGCCAUGCCGACCUCAAUGCCAUCGCCGAACCCCCCCCAACAGUAGUACCCCAGCAAGUAAUCAUCUCGAGUUCCAGUAGUAGUGCCGUGGCGCUGGCGAACCCGAGGGAGAAAGUGCGGUGCAAGCUCGUGGGGAAGAAGAGCGUGUCCCGCAACGUGCGCCUGUUCCGGCUCGCGCUGCCGUCGCCGGACCAGAAGCUCGGGCUCCCCGUCGGAAAACACGUGUACGUGUGCGCGACGACCGGCGGCAAGCUCUGCAUGCGCGCGUACACGCCGACGAGCUCCCCGGAGGAAUCCGGACACGUGGAGCUGUUGAUCAAGAUAUACUUCAAGGGGGAGGACCCAAAGUUCCCGGGCGGCGGGCUCAUGUCGCAGCACCUGGAGUCGCUGCCGCUCGGCGCCUGCGUCGACAUCAAGGGGCCCGUGGGCCACAUCGAGUACUUGGGCCGCGGGGAAUUCGUGGUCGGCGGAGAGCGGAGAGUCGCGCGGCGGCUCGCCAUGGUGGCCGGAGGGACCGGGAUCACGCCGGUGUACCAGGUGAUCCAGGCCGUGCUUGGGGACGAAGAGGACGGCACGGAGAUGCACUUGGUGUACGCGAACCGGACGGAGGAUGACAUGCUGUUAAGGGAGGAGAUCGACCGGUGGGCUGCCGAGCACCCGGGGAGGCUCAAGGUGUGGUACGUGGUGAGCAAUGUGGCGCGGCCGGAGGACUCGUGGGAGUACGGCGUGGGGAGGGUGGACGAGCGCGUGCUCAGGGAGCAUUUGCCGUUGGGUGGCGAUGGCGAGACGCUCGCGCUUGUCUGUGGGCCGCCGGCGAUGAUCGAGUGCACGGUAAGGCCGGCGUUAGAGAAGAUGGGGUAUGACCUCGACAAGUCCUGCCUCGUCUUCUGAGCAAGUACGUGGUGAGCAAUGUGGGCGCUUAGCGUGGUGCUGAGUGAUGUGGGUCGGAAUUCUCUCGAGUUCCCCUGUACAUACUAGUAUUAGUGAAGUGAGUAUCGAUCGGGUGGUGGACGGCCAAAUUGGCCGUGCCGAGAUCGAGAUGUACGAAAUUGGUGAUACUAGUAGAGCAAUAAAAAUUGAGUAUCAUUUCGCGACAACGCGAGCCA